CCAAAUAUCGUUGAAGACUUGAAAUACCGGCGGGUUCGGUUACUGUCGCGCUUCUCCACGAACCUCGGCUUCUACUUUCGCGCCACUACAACUUGCAACUCUCCUUUCGCUCACUCACUCAAGUCUUCCUCGCUCUACAAUACUAUACUCUUCCAAGCACAUCUUCUUCCUCACUCUUUUAAUAUAUAACCUUCUACUUCGUAUUCUCUUUCUCUGAUCUUGCCGUCACCAACGCUUCUCGAGCCUUUGCUUCCACCAAACUCGCUCAAGAUGUCUGAUAGCAUGUGCGGCCCGUCCAACGGCGCCAAGAACCUUCUCGCGCACGCUGAUCGCGACCGUACUCUUCAUCAGGACCGCCUGGUGAAUUCGCCCAACUCGGCCGCCGAUGCUUCCCUGAGGAACCGUCCCUCCUUCGCUGCUGAUGGCGCCUUCGAGAAUUUCCAACAGGCCCCUAUGCUCGACGCCCCGGGUCCUUCCCUCGGCUUCGCUCAGAACAACCUAGUCCUGAACAACCCAGGCGCCCCGGCUUUCCAUGCUGGUCAAGCGCCUGGUGUCUUUGGUCAUGCGGUCGGAGGUGCGCCGGCUACGGCCACUCCCAUGCACUCCUCCGGUGCCGUUGCCCACGGUUGGGUCGACCAGUUCUCCAGCAUGCAGCUCCAUCAGGACACAGUUCACGCGGCCUCGACCAUGUCACCGCAAGCCAGGUCGGCAGCCAUGUCUACUGCAACCCACAACCCCAUGAUGGGCUUGCAGGACGACCAUAUGGCCUACAAUACUCACCAGUUCGGCGGUAUGGGAAUGGGUGUGGGUAUGGGCAUGGGAAUGUCCAUGGACGAUCCUUUUGUCAUGCAUGACACAGGCCUGAACAAUUUCACUCACCAGCAGCCUCAGUUCGGCCUCAACGACCACGUCGAGACGGCUCUGGACGUCGAAGCCUUCAACAAAGCAUUUGGCGAGUACGACGAGAGUUCCUUUGAGCAAGAACUCGCUGAGUGGGCCGAGAAGGAAAAGGCCGAGAAGGCUCAGCAAGCUCAGCAAGAGUUUGAGGCCGCCGAGGCCGAAUGGAUGGCGCAGCAUGGUCCGACUGCCGAGAACAACACCAAAGUUGGCCCCCCCACCGACGAGGAGAUGGCCAUCAUUGAUGCUGAUCUGGAGAACCUCGCCCAAGAGCAGGAAGCCGCCAAGAGGCUUCAGGAAGCCGAGGCUCGUCGUCGCGAGGGCAACGAGGAGCUUGCCAAGGCUGCCAACGCCAUUUUGACCUCCGUCGCCGACAACCAGUCAGAGAAAUUUCAGAAGUCCACCUUUCUUGAUCUGAUGCGUCGCAUCGGAAACAGAGAGGUCGAGGUCGAUGGCGACAAGCUGGUUGACGUCGCCACUGGCGAGAAGGUCAACACCAGCCCUUCCGACCUCGGCCCCACCGACGAUGUCUCCGGCCCUGCGGAUGCGAACGACAAGGGCAAAGCUCCGGCUGAGCCUGCUUCUUCUGCUUGAGCUUUCGGCACCUCGCAUUACUACAGUAUUUCUCGCUUUUGUUACGGCUUUGUUACGGUUUAGGGGACAUCGACACGGUGUCAUGUCGAGCAUUCGAUUUUGUUGCUGCGCAUUUCCGAGCAUGGACUGGUUCCCACGGGACGUGUUUUCACAUUGCUGGUUUAGAAGGAAAAAGUUUACAUAGGGAAGGAACUGUUUUGUACCAAAAGGAUUUGCUUCAGUCAUGGCUAGGGUUGGGUCCGGUAUCAUGGGUUUGGUUUGGGCAUGGCGUUCAAGAUGGCCAGGAGGCUAGGCGGCGCACGGUUCAUACCUUUUCUCUCACUGCUUGUUUAGAUGUCAGCAUUGUUUCGGAGUAUAACUAUUACACCGGCGUAGUAGGCAUUUGUUACUGUACUUUAGUUUAUUCUCACAACAAGCAGGAGGCUUUUUAAUCACAUGUCAGCGUGG